AUGGCCAAUGUUGACAUCUCCAGUAAUGCGUCGUCAGACCCCUUCACUGAUCAAGCAGCAAUCCAAGACGAACGCGAGACGGCCGCAGAGUCCACGCUGGGCGUCGGUCGAAAUGCCACCCUGACUCUCGGCACUGACGCGGUAAUUGUCCUAGAUGAAGGUCUCCGCACGAGCGAGGGAUUUGAUUGCUUUGGGCUCUUUUCUCAGAGAACCACCAAUACCCGGUCCAUUCCCUACUUUAAUGUCCUCUGGGCGGAGAUUGUAAAGAGCGAACUUACUGUUCAUUACGCAAGACCGACCUCCAAGUCAGCAAAUUCCCCUGUUCGCGUUGCAUACAUCAACUAUACCCUCGAGAACUCCACGGCGUUACUAGACAAGGCUGAAAGAUGGGUUGAGCGUCUGUUACGACGGGCGUAUGGCCAAGCUCAACGCAACAAAAGGCUGAAAGUUCUGAUAAACCCGUUCGGAGGCAAGGGAAAUGCGGUUAAACAGUACAGCAAAGAGAUUGAGCCUAUAUUUGCGGCCGCGCGAUGUGAGGUCGACGCGGAGCAGACAACGCAUCGUGGCCACGCGGCCGAGAUUGCUCAAAACUUGGACAUUAAUGCAUUCGACGCAAUAGCGAGCGUGUCCGGAGACGGACUUCCGCAUGAAUGUAUCAACGGCCUUGCGAGGAAAGCAAAUGCGGCCGAGGCCCUCAGAAAGGUGGCAGUCGUCCAACUUCCCUGCGGCAGUGGAAAUGGUAUGGCGUGGAAUCUGACCGGGACAGGGGAAUGCAGCACGGCCGCUUUGUGUAUUGUGAAAGGUGUACGGACCCCUCUAGAUCUCGUCAGCAUCACACAGGGAGACACCAGGACGCUCUCCUUUCUGUCGCAGUCGCUCGGCAUAGUCGCGGAAAGUGACCUAGGAACAGAGAAUCUUCGAUGGAUGGGGGAUGCCAGAUUCUACUUUGGAUUUCUCGUCCGCCUUUUGGGCAAGACGCUUUAUCCUUGCGACAUCGCUGUGAAGACCGAGAUUGAGGAUAAGCAAGAGAUCAAGAAGCACUACGCCCAGUACAUGGCUAAAAGGACGACUCAAGCCCCGAUCUCUCAUGGCGAUCUGGAUGGCCCGUUGGAUAUGUCAAAAAGUCUGGGACUCCCCCCGCUGCAAUAUGGUACCAUCAAUGAUCCUCUCCCCACCGACGCUGGCUGGACUCCUCUAUCCUUCUACCCCAACCUGGGCAACUUUUACUGCGGCAACAUGACCAUGAUGGCAGCUGACGCCCCUUUCUUUCCUGCUUCUCUCCCGUCGGACGGUCUGCUCGAUUUAGUCACCAUCGACGGCGACAUUCCCCGACGGAAAGCGCUUGACCUCCUGCUUUCCGUUCCCAAAGGCACCUUUUUCGACAAGGAAUGUGUGCGCGUCAGGAAAGUCAGCGCUCUCCGUGUGAUUCCGCGAUAUGGGACAAUGGCGGAGCCCGCAACUCAGAGUGACCAUCGACAGAAAAAGCGGGCCAAGGCGGCCGGCCAGAUCCAAUCCAAGAAGAAUGAAGAUCGAGAUGCUGGCCAUUUCUCCGUCGACGGAGAGAAGAUGCCCUUUGAGCCAUUCCAGCUUGAAGUCCACAGGGGAUUGGGCACGGUCUUGAGUCGACGCGUGGGAGUCUAUGAAGCCAUUGGGCCCAAGGGCUGGGAAGAAAUCAGUGUCGCGGCUCCUAGCGAUGCAAAUCAAAGUUCCAAAUCGAGGUAA